GGAUUCUACUUUUCCCCCUGUGAAAUUCAACUCUAGCCCCCAUUUCUUGGAUCGUCCGUUUUUGGUUUCUCAGUCCCGCUUUCCCACCAAACCGGAACACACCGGAAAUCUCUCAUUUCCACCUCCAGACUCUACAACCCCUUUCCACCCUCUGUCGAUCGAUCUAGAGAAGGUGUCGGGGGUGGGGCGGGUUGCGGGUUUAAUAACACGACGAUGAAGCACAAAAACGGUGAGAUCUGGGAAUUCGAGAACAACGUAAACAGUACUACUGGUGGAGUGGAGGAUGCCCACUCCGACGGGGGCGUAAUUUUAGGUUUGGACGGCGGCACCACCUCCACCAUCUGUAUCUGCAUGCGGGUCCUCCCCUUCUCCUCCUCUAACCUCCCCGACCCUCUUCCGAUCCUCGCUCGAGCCGUUGCCGGUUGCUCCAACCACAACAGCGUCGGAGAAGCAGCUGCAAGGGAUACAUUAGAACAGGUUAUGGCCGAAACCCUUGUUAAAGCAGGUGCCAAGCGAUCUGCUGUUCGAGCUGUUUGUUUAGGUGUAUCUGGUGUUAACCAUCCAACAGAUCAAGAAAGAGUAUUGAAUUGGCUAAGGGACAUAUUUCCAAGCCAUGUAAAGCUAUAUGUCCAUAAUGAUGCCGUAGCAGCUUUGGCUAGCGGGACAUAUGGUAAACUUCAUGGCUGCGUUUUAAUUGCCGGUACAGGUUGCAUUGCUUAUGGGUUCGCUGAAGAUGGACAAGAAGCACGAGCUGCCGGUGCUGGCCCUGCCUUAGGUGAUUGGGGCAGUGGCUAUGGAAUUUCUGCACAGGCAUUAACAGCAGUGAUAAGGGCUAAUGAUGGUCGUGGUCCACAAACAAUGCUUACAAAUAGUAUUCUACAGUCACUUGGUCUUUCUUCGCCUGAUGAACUUAUUGGGUGGACCUAUGCAGAUCCAUCUUGGGCCCGCAUUGCGGCACUUGUUCCACUAGUGGUGUCCUGUGCGGAAGCUGGAGAUCAAAUCGCUAAUAGGAUUUUGGAUGAAGCAGUCCAAGAAUUGGCUCUAGAUGUGAAAGCAGUUGUUAAAAGACUUGGCUUGAGUGGACCAGAUGGAAAUGGCUCUUUCCCAGUUGUGAUGGUUGGUGGUGUGCUUGAAGCUAAUAAGAAGUGGGAUAUAGGUAAAGAAGUUACUGCCUGUAUCCAGAAGACCUAUCCCAAGGCUAGUCCAAUUAGACCAAAGGUGGAGCCUGCCGUUGGGGCUGCAUUGCUUGCUUGGAACUCUUUGAUGAAAGAAACAAGCAAACUGUCGUGAUAGAUGACCCUGGAUUAGUUAGGAGCAUCCAAUUGUAAAGUUCAACAUACAAUACCUUGUACAUUGAUUUAUGCCAUAAACCUUUGGUAUCUAUCCCUUAUCGGCCAAAAAGCUCCUUCAUUGUCUUGACUCUGCGCGUGGUCAUGUUCCCAUGGCAGUUGAUGAGUUGAGUGCAUACAUUUACAAAUUGCUGAUGUGAUAUUAGAAAACCCACUCCAGCUCCACACACUCUGCUCGUAAUUAGAGCAUAGACAACGAUUGAAUUGUUUUGCUUCUAUGUCAAAUUUUGAUUUGAUUAUUGACUUGUCAAAUUCUUCUUUUA